GUAUUUCACACAUUUGUGUCAACAGAUGGCAAACGGUAUCACUAUUUGUGUUGUAUUUUGAAAGCAUUGCCGUUACCGACACACGUGUGGCCAUUGUUUGCGGUCAAUCAAUGGGUAAAUUCAGUGCCGAUAAGCGUGAUAUCUAUUAUCGAUUGGCCAAAGAAGAGGGUUAUCGGGCCAGAAGUGCUUACAAAUUGAUCCAAAUUAAUGAAAAAUUUGAUAUCUUUGAUGACGUCCAUCGUUGUGUGGACUUGUGUGCGGCACCGGGCAGUUGGUCACAGGUUUUACACCGAUAUCUACAUAAAAAUGAUGACACGAGUGAUGGCCAAUCAUCGGAUGCCAAGAUCAUAGCAGUCGACUUGCAAGCAAUGGCACCAAUUACUGGUGUUAUUCAACUUCAGGGAGAUAUCACCCGAUUAUCGACAGCACAGCAAAUCAUUGAUUACUUUGACGGUUCCAAUGCCGACCUCGUGGUCUGUGAUGGAGCACCCGAUGUCACUGGACUUCACGACAUCGAUACUUAUAUUCAAUCGGAGCUGUUGUUGGCAGCGCUCAACAUAACGACUCAUAUAUUGAAAAUCGGCGGUACUUUUGUGGCCAAAAUAUUUCGUGGCAAAGAUGUGUCACUACUAUGGAAUCAAUUGAAGAUAUUCUUUAAAGAAGUUAUUAUCACAAAACCAAAGAGUAGUCGCAACUCGAGUAUUGAGGCGUUUGCUGUUUGCAAACAUUAUUGUCCUCCCGAUGGCUACAAACCAGUUCUGUUCAAUGUAUUGAUUGACCAAAAAUGUGACCAAUAUUUUAAAGAACUUGAAAGCGGUUCCAAUAAUCGACACAUAAUUCCAUUCAUCGCUUGCGGCGAUUUGUCGGCCUUUGAUUCGGACCGUUCAUAUCCAUUGAUUUUGACCGAUAAUCCAAAUACAAGUGUCGGUGACGAUGAUAAUCAACAACAAUCAGUUGCUAACACAUCGUAUUCAUACAGAAAUCCUACGCAAUCACCAAUAGAUCCGCCCUAUAAAGUGGCACAAAGUCUUAAAAAGUCAUCAGCACUGGAAAAACCAACCAUUGAUCACAAAAAUUGAAUGAUUUUUAAAGUUAUUUAAAUAAAAUAAAAUUAUAUU